AGGCCAUAGUGGUUGAAUGUAGGAUUUAAUUUCUCUCCGUGCUCCCGCUGCUUUAUUCCUUUAACGGAGGGCACAGUGACAUGGAAGAAACCAGAGCUAAAUUUAUAUAAUGAAAAAGCAUCUCAAGACAAUCCAGCAUGAAAUCCAAUUAAAAUAGCAGAUGGGUCUCCGUCUGUGAUCCAAAUAUCUCUUUCUCUCUCCUCUCUUUUUCUCUCUAGAUUUUCUUGAAAGACUGAGAAAAGGUGACAAAAUCUUGAAGAAUGAGAUUUUAAAAAAUUUGCAUGGAGAUGUAUGGAGAUUGAAGCAUGCAAUGCAAUGCAGUGGAGGUCCAGAGUGUGGGGAGAGUAGUGUAUUUUUAUUUAUGGGGAUGAUGAUAAAAAGAGAAGCUUAAGCUCAAAGCAGAGCACCCUUUUCUCUUCUAUGUCUUGCCUUUACUAGUUUUCUCUACAAAGAAACACAAGCAAAGAAUCUCUUCUUACACACCACCACCACCCAUUCUCUUUGCUUUCUCUUGAAACUCCAGAGCUUCUUGGCAGCCAGUCAUGACUUCCGAUACAACCACGUCAAGUUACUGGCUUAACUGGAGGGUACUGCUUUGCAGCAUAUGGAUCUUGAUGUCCACUGUCUUUGCUUCCUUUCUCAUAUGGAAAUACGAAGGUUUCCGCAAUUCACAACAUGAAAACAGAGAAUCCCAGAAUGACACUGCAGGAGCUUUGUAUGAGGAUGAAGUUUGGAAGCCAUGCCUGAAAGAAAUCCACCCUGUUUGGCUGCUGGCUUUCCGGGUCUUCGCAUUCUUUGUUCUUUUGGUACUGCUAAUCAUCAAUGCCAUUGUGGAUGGAGGGAGCAUAUUUUACUUCUAUACUCAGUGGACUUUUACAUUGAUCACAAUUUAUUUUGGGCUUGGGUCGUUGCUCUCCAUGUAUGGAUGCUACCAGUAUCACAACAAAGUUGGUGGUGAAAGUGUUGAUGAUGCGGGUUUAGACGCAGAGCAGGGCAGGGUGCAUGGAGAAAAUUUUAACUUGUCCAAUACAGCAAAAACUUCACAUUCCCAUGACAGACAACAUGUCCGCAAAGCUGCCGGAAUUUGGGCUUAUGUGUUUCAAAUUAUUUUCCAGAUGAAUGCAGGUGCAGUGAUGCUCACAGAUUGCGUGUUUUGGUUCAUAAUAGUUCCAUUUCUUACCAUCAAAGACUACAAUUUGAACUUUUUGAUUAUAAAUAUGCAUACUAUCAAUGCUGUGUUCUUGUUUGGUGAUGCUGUUUUGAAUCGCUUGCGUUUCCCCUGGUUUCGGAUCGCAUACUUCUUUCUGUGGACAAUUGUUUUCGUUGUUUUCCAGUGGAUCGUCCAUGCUAUUGUCUCACUUUGGUGGCCAUAUCCAUUUCUCGACUUGUCAUCUCCUUUUUCUCCAUUAUGGUACUCGUCGGUAGCACUGAUGCAUAUCCCAUGCUAUGGUGUCUUUGCGUUGAUCAUGAAGCUGAAACACUUCCUUUUGGCUAAAUGGUUUCCUGAGUCCCAUCACUUGUGAGGUAACUCAGGCGAUUACCCGGUUUCAUGGUCCCUAUUAUUUGUGAAUUUUCUUCUUAGUAACAACAACUCUAGUAUACAAGAGAAAGAAAGAUGCACACAGAUUAUUGUUUUAAGUCCCAAGUCAUAGAGAAAUGCUUCACAUUAUGGGAAAUGUAGUGAGUUUUGUUUUGAAGAUAAACAAUGAAAACAACAUUCUUAGUUGUUCAUAUAACCAUUCCCAAAGGAGUGGCAUAGUUGUAAUUACACACAACCUCAAGUUGAAAAAUGAAAAAAAAAAAAAAAAAUGGAAAUCCACACAGAAAUUCUUCCUUUUA